AUAGGCAGGAGAAUACCGAGUUGCCUACCGAGGUAAACUCAGUUAGUGAGUCGAAGCGGUACUCAUGCAUUCGCAGCCGGUCCAUCAGAGUACUGAUUAGCCGAUUCGCCACCUUUCCAAUAACCAAUCAAACUACAAAUGCCUCUGUGUUGUAGAUUUUUUGGAUCACAGGGACUCAUUAGACCUAUCAUUUCCGCCUCUCCUUCUCUCACCUCCCAACCAAAACCACCUGCCACCCAUCUUCCAUUUCUCGGCAACCAUCAUCCUCUUCUUCAGAAUACCCUCAAACCCUCAUCUUUUUCGCCGUCACCGAGCAUUUCCCAAUUGAAAAGUUCCGGCCUUGCCAGGUUCUCAACGAUGUCUUUUGGGGGAGGAGGCAGUGGUAGUGAUGCUCACUUCAACUUGUCUGAAUCCACCAUCCUGAAGAUCCUCAAAGGGGAUAUCACUAAGUGGUCUAUUGAUGGAUCCUCUGAUGCUAUUGUAAAUCCAGCAAAUGAACAAAUGCUUGGAGGUGGUGGCGCAGAUGGAGCAAUUCAUAGGGCUGCUGGACCAGAACUCAGGGAGGCAUGCUACAAAGUCCCACAAGUUCGGCCCACUAUACGCUGCCCCACUGGAGAAGCAAGAAUUACCCUAGGUUUUAAGUUGCCAGCAUCUCAUGUGAUCCACACUGUUGGUCCUAUCUAUGAUGCUCGUAGUAAUGCUGAAGCAUCCCUGAGAAGUGCAUAUAGGAAUAGCCUGAGAGUAGCCAAGGAGAACAACAUUCAAUACAUUGCUUUCACUGCCAUCUCUUGUGGUGUUUAUGGCUAUCCUUUUGAUGAGGCUGCAACAGUAGCUAUAUCUACAGUGAAAGAAUUUGCAAAUGACUUCAAGGAGGUGCACUUUGUUCUGUUCUCGGAUGAGAUUUACGAUGUCUGGGUGAGCAAGGCAAAGGAAUUGCUCCAAGGGUAGUGUGGUAUAGCUAAUAGUUAUUAUGGCCAUAUGUAUAUGUUCUGAUCUUUGACGUGGAUGAGUUUGAAUGUAAUGCAAAGCUGGAAUUGGAGAGUUAUAUUGGAUCUUGUUGUCUUUGCCUAUUGAUAAUCUAUUCAUGCUGCUUGUCAAACAUCUUAAAUCCUUGAAGUAGUCAGUAAGUUGCAGUUGAGGCC